AGGCGUUUCAGUCUCUCGCGGCCCGGGAGCUCAGCAGAGCUACCAGCUGCCCUGUUGGUUUCGCUGGUCGGAUUGUCCUCCUGGCCCCGCCAAACAGGCGGGGGGAGCGGCCCCGACUGUGGGGCCAUGGCAGUAGUCUCCUGGUUCUCCGCCGCCGCUAGCCCAGCUAAGUCGCCGGCUUCUGCGCUAGGGGCUCCUACCGCCUCCGCAGGCUAAGGAGCCGCUACCACCAACGAGCUGUGAGGGUUACUAUGCUCCCUCUUUGCCGCCGUCUCCUCCUCUUGCCCGCGCAGGCACCCCUCUGGCUGCUCAGUCCUGCCUCAGGUAACGUGAAAAGAGGACGGGGGACACAAACCCGGGCAUCCUGCCCGGCCCGCGCGCGCGGCCGCUCCACCUCCUCUGCCCCGGAGCAGAGGCGCCUGCGCCCCUCCGCACCCGACGGGACCCCUCGGCUUCACAGAGGUCCCCCUCUCAGCGGCGGCGGACGCUCCCUUCCUGGCCGCUUUCUCCUUUCCUUACUUCCCUCAGGCUCCCCGCCACGUCUGCUCCCCCUUAGAACCUGGGAACCCAUUAGAAGUUACCUCGCUCGCAUUGGGGAUCUUUCGUUUUCUCGGAAAACUCUUGUUUCAGAGACUUCCAGCUCCCCACUGAGCGCCUCCCUGCUCUCAUACCCACUCCUGCCUCAGAGAUCUGGGUUCCUUCACUUGACUUCCCUCCGAUACACUCUUCCCUCGAAAACGUUCACCUCUACCCAGGAAAACAGUUCCCUCCCCUCAGACCCUACUGCCUUCCCCCUCUUCUUUCCUCGCUUGUCAUCAUCUCCCUUCCUUUCCCCUCUCUGCUUUUUACUCUUCGCUAUGAAGACUGGACUAAGCCAGUGUUCAGAUUUCGCCACAAGUGAAACCCAGGUUUGUGUAAUUUAAAAAUCUUUAAAUUGUAUACCUCUGAGAAGAACUUGCUGAGGAAUUUGGACUUUAUGCUGCAUGCAUGGGGAGCCGUUGAAGGUUUUGUAAGCAGGAGCUUGGUAUGAUUGCAUUAUCUCUGGUGAAAAUAUAGAGGAAGGAUUGAAAGUGAAGACCGUGGAGGCGGAAAGGCCAGUUGAGAAUACUGUGGACAAGGAUUUGAGCAGUGUCAAACCAGAAGAGAAGUAAAAUUCAACAAAAAUUUAUGUGUGGAGUUCCUUCUUAAAAGAAGAAAAAAGUGAUUAUUUAGACUAUGGAUCGGAGCAAACGGAAUUCAAUUGCAGGAUUUCCCCCACGUGUGGAGCGUCUUGAAGAGUUUGAAGGAGGUGGUGGAGGAGAUGGAAAUGUGAGCCAGGUGGGAAGAGUUUGGCCAUCUUCGUAUCGAGCUCUUAUAAGUGCCUUUUCCCGACUGACGCGUUUGGAUGACUUCACCUGUGAAAAAAUAGGGUCUGGCUUCUUUUCUGAAGUGUUCAAGGUACGACACCGAGCUUCUGGUCAGGUGAUGGCUCUUAAGAUGAACACGUUGAGCAGUAACCGGGCAAACAUGCUGAAAGAAGUACAGCUCAUGAAUAGACUCUCCCAUCCCAACAUCCUUAGGUUCAUGGGUGUGUGUGUUCAUCAAGGACAAUUGCAUGCACUUACAGAGUAUAUCAACUCCGGGAACCUGGAACAGUUGCUAGACAGUAACCUGCAUUUGCCUUGGACUGUGAGGGUAAAACUGGCCUAUGACAUAGCGGUGGGCCUCAGCUACCUUCACUUCAAAGGCAUUUUUCAUCGGGACCUCACAUCUAAGAACUGCCUGAUAAAGAGGGAUGAGGAUGGUUACUCUGCAGUGGUAGCUGACUUUGGCCUGGCUGAGAAGAUCCCCGAUGUCAGCAUGGGGAGUGAGAAGCUGGCUGUGGUGGGUUCCCCAUUCUGGAUGGCACCUGAGGUUCUCCGAGAUGAGCCCUAUAAUGAAAAGGCAGAUGUGUUCUCUUAUGGUAUCAUCCUCUGCGAGAUCAUCGCCCGCAUCCAGGCCGACCCGGACUAUCUUCCCCGCACAGAGAAUUUCGGGCUGGACUAUGAUGCUUUCCAGCACAUGGUGGGAGACUGUCCCCCAGACUUUCUGCAGCUUACCUUCAACUGCUGUAAUAUGGACCCCAAACUGCGCCCAUCUUUUGUGGAGAUUGGGAAGACCCUGGAGGAAAUUCUGAGCCGCCUACAGGAAGAAGAGCAGGAGAGGGAUAGGAAGCUGCAGCCCACAGCCAGGGGACUCUUGGAGAAAGCACCUGGGGUGAAGCGACUAAGCUCACUGGAUGACAAGAUCCCCCACAAGUCACCAUGCCCAAGACGUACCAUCUGGCUGUCUCGAAGCCAGUCAGACAUCUUUUCCCGUAAGCCCCCACGUACAGUGAGCGUCUUGGACCCAUACUACCGGCCACGAGAUGGUGCUGCCCGCACCCCCAAAGUCAACCCUUUUAGUGCUCGCCAGGACCUCAAGGGGGGCAAGAUCAAGUUUUUUGACCUUCCCAGCAAGUCUGUCAUCUCUCUGGUAUUUGACCUGGAUGCACCAGGGCCCAGAACUAUGCCCCUGGCUGACUGGCAGGAGCCCCUGGCCCCACCUAUUCGCCGGUGGCGUUCCUUGCCUGGUUCGCCUGAGUUCUUGCAUCAAGAGGCCUGUCCAUUUGUGGGCCGGGAAGAAUCGCUAUCUGAUGGGCCCCCACCACGCCUAAGUAGUCUCAAGUACAGAGUUAAAGAGAUCCCACCAUUCCGGGCAUCUGCCCUACCAGCUGCUCAAGCCCAUGAGGCUAUGGACUGCUCCAGUCUCCAGGAAGAAAAUGGUUUUGGGUCCAGGCCCCAGGGGGCCAGUCCAUGCCCUGCGGGUGCUUCUGAGGAGAUGGAGGUAGAAGAAAGGCCAGCAGGCUCAACUCCAGCCACCUUCUCCACCUCGGGCAUAGGCCUGCAAACCCAGGGAAAGCAGGAUGAGUGAGGGGGGUUGGUCCCUGCCUCACCUUGGGGAUGGACCUUCAGCUGAAACCAUAUGGCCCCCUAGGUGCACAGCCUUGAUUCUUCCCUGGAGCCUACAGAGCAGGCAGGCUAGGCCAAGCUAGGUUCAAAUUCUGGGCUCCCAGUGCCCAUUGGCUGUGUAUGACAGGGGAGGCAGCAGUGAGAGGCCUUCCUAGUCAGGGCCAACAGCUGAUACCAAGCCUCUGAAAUCCGGCAAGGAGGUCUGCCUCCCACCAGACCCCCUCCAGUGUACUUCCCCAGAUAAGACCAGAGGAUGUCUAGUUCUAGGCUGAGCUGGCAGGCAGCUGUUACCCCGGUUCUUUCCCCACCCCAGGUCCGUCUCUUCCCCUUUCUUGGGGCAUAUAAGCUACUGAGUGGAACAUGGAGCUGACCAAGAGGCCAAAAUGGGCAUGGCUGUUUCCCAGACCUGAAUAUUGGGGUGCUUCUUGCCAGUAUUCUAAGACACUUGAGUAAUUGCUGUUUGCACUUACUGCAUGGUCAGACCACGUCACUACAUUUCUAUGCAAGGGGACAGCAAGGCAGCGUGGUGGUCAUGGCUCUUAGCUAACCUAUUCAAAGAUCUUUUCCCAUUGAUUAAUCUAUUUUCAUAUUUAUAAAGGAGUCUUAAUGUUCUGCCCCAUAAGACUUUCAACCUUGUGGUUGGGAGUGGGGCUGGUUUUGUAGGCCCUAGGGCCUGCUUCUAUGUAUUUGUCAACAUGUGAUACAUUCAGUUGGUUAAAUGGUUUAUACAUGGACUGAUUUUCUUCCCUUCCUGCCAUGGCUGGAGCUUUGGGAACAGUCUGUCCUUACAGAGCUGCAAUAAGAAAUAACCAAAGAUGAAGCUGGUCAAAUAUUUUCAUAACUUGCUUCUGUUGUUUUUUUGUAAAACUUUCCCAAGACAUUUUCAGACUUAAAAAUAAAGUCGGUGUUACAGGUG